AUGACUGAAAUGGUAAAUUCUAAUCGUAUCAUUGAGGUAGGGCACAGCGAGAAAAAUCUGGCUGAAAAUCUGAGGCAGCUCGACUCAAUGCACAGUAACGAACCUCCCCCCGCCACGGGUACGAGUCUGCUUCUCCAGCUGGGCAGGUUGGUGGUGCGCGCGCGCAGCGCCAGCCCCGCGCCCCGGAGACACCACCCCUCAACUAGCCAGCAGGUGAUAACCCAACCGAAACCGGACAAAGAUGAGGCAAAACCGAUAAUCGAAGCCCAACUCAACAGUCACGUGCAGGCCCUAUGGAACGACCAGAUCCCCAUCUGUAUUGAGGUACUCCUGGCGCCUGACUGCCAGGAGUGCUACGCGUCCCUUAGCCGUGUGGAGGAAGACGGCGUUUACGACAAGCUUCACACCCAACCCAAGGCUUUGCUUCUUGAACGAUGGACCAUGAGGACUAUCACUAACAAAAACCACGAGACCCAAUCCGCAAUCACCCCCCACUGGCUACUCAACGCGGUUCGUUCUCAGCUCCACUUUUCUCAGUUGUCCGCCUGGCGAGCCAUCAUCAACACCGAUGACAAACCUGAUGAGAGAAGGAGAAAGCUGAGCCGCGAAACGUGCAACUUUAAAAAAAUAGAAGCGAACUGUGACGAAAUUGAUCUCGAGGAGCGCAAGCUUAAUAUCGUCUACUCCAUAAAAAUUCCAGGGGAAAGUUACAAGGUCGCCGACUUCCCUCGACCACCUAACGGACACAAGUUCCCGGUAACCGAUAUCGGGAACAACGUUUACCUAAAGGUAGUCCUGGAAAGUCUGCCACGCUUAGACGAUAUACCAGUAGUUAAAUGUACCUGUCAGAAACGGCGAGCCAGUAAGGAAAUUCCGGCGAACGCCCACGACGAGCUGGUCGGGAAAUUAAAUGAUCUCUCUUUAGGUCCCAGGAGUAACAAAUAUCCGGAUGGGAACAUAGCUCCCAACGGCAGAAGACACUCCAUUAUAUCGAAUCAAGGCAACGAUUACAUGUACUCUUGUCUCGAUAAGGAUAAAAAAAUCGUCGAUGAUAGAAUGUUGACACCGUGCAGUGAAAGCGGAAAGCACAAAUGUAGCUGUGAUGAUGAAUCUGACGAUAAAAACCAUAGAAGUAAAACUCUAAACGCCCAGGAACCGAAAAAGCUAGACGAACGUAGACUGAAAGAGAUAGCAAAAUACAAACGCCGUUUGAGGAAAGAGAGUCAGCUUAAAAAGCUCUGUGAUAGCACGUCGUCGGAAGGCGACGGUUUAAAGGUUAAGGAAACCCAUACGUCCAUACCGAUACUACAAGCUGCUAGGUUCGAUAGGUUCAGAGCGAUAGGAUGUUUCAGGAAUCAGACGUAUUUAACGCUGCCGGCCAGUCGGAUCGAGGGUAGGUCGCCGUUUGUUGAGACGAUGAGCAUACCACCGACAGAGUUCAGACGGACCAACACAGUGGCAACACAGACGGAAGAUAUGACGUGUCAGUGUGGAAACACUUUACAAUUAAAAUGUCUAGGUUGCCUAGACAGGGGUAUGGUCAGGUCGCAAGGUAAUUACAACCUGGCAUCUAUAGAAAGCGGGGCGAGACGAAAACGCGAGGAGGAAGAUAAAACGUUUAAGAAGCAUAAAUGUGAUAAUAAUAAUUCUAGUGAUAAGUGUGAUGGCAUUAUAAAGAGGCCAAAGUUGAGACGCUUCUUCCCGAUAGUGGAUCGUAUCGAAAAGGUGAUAAGUGAAAGAUUCGCGCAAAACAACGACAUACAAGAAUUAAACCUAAGAGACGAUGAUACGGUAUUCUCUGUACCGAAACCGGAAACGAAGCGACAGAAGACAUUUUCUAUAAGCGAAGACUACGUUUUAUACGAGAAAUGCGAUUAUGGAACAUUCGAUAGAUGCGAGGUCGAGUCUCCAAGGGAGGAAACAGAUCAGGAGGGCUUCAAAUUCCCCGACCCAAAGAAGGGCGGCCCUGAUAACCAAGUGCCUUCUCCUACGGAGAUGGAUAGGUUUCGUUGGAGGUUCGAUUCUGCGGCAUCUAUGGUGUUUCAUAAUAAGACGGGUCUGCCCUUAACGUCCAGUCCAGCGCCCUUGAGACGUGGAAAUAAUUGUUUCGAUUUUGAUGAUUCGAUUAACGGCGUUUCUGGUAUAAAGAGUGCUCUCUUCCACCCAGUGUCCCCGGGUACCGCUAGAGCUCCCCCACGCCGCUCUACGCCACGCCCACGUCUGGGACCCAGCGCUGGUCUUCUUGGUAGCUUCGAAGAGUCGGCACUUAAAGGUCGGCUGGAGCCGGUCGCGACGGUGCACGGGUUUGCAGCGGAGUUGGGCGCGUCGGGGGCCUUCUGCCCCCCCCACCGCCGCCUGCCCGUCACUGUGUUCUUCUACGCGCCUGGAGGGACCAACGCCCCCUACAUGGGUCACAUAAACCUCGGACCGGGCGGGUACCGAGUGGCUCGUUCUGGAACAAUCCAGGUCUCUCUUUUCAACCCCCAUGGCACGUUGGUCAAGAUGUUCGUAGUAUUAUACGACUUGACCUGUAUGCCGCCCAUGGCAAGGACUUUCCUACGUCAGAGGACUCUGUACAUGCCUGCCGGGGCCGACCCUCCCGCUCCGCACCAUAUGCACAAGUGGCUAAGAUAUUUGAUUCAUUUGAGGUUUAUGACUUCGAAAUCAGGAAAACUGUACCUGCAUACCGAUAUUAGGAUAUUGGUAUCCCGAAAAGCCGAUUUAGACACGGCCACCGCACAUUCCGCACUAUUCCGCUCCCUGCCGACCAAUCAGAGCAAAGAGGACGCGGCCGCGUCGUCGUCAGCCAAUCAGGAAGCAGGAAACCAAGGUCAAGAUGCCUCAGCCAAUCAGAAGUCAGGAUUAUUGACCAAUCACACACCGAAUAGAGUAUUCGGAGGUUGUAGCAACUUCGAUUCAGAAAUAAAGAAUGAAAUGCGCGAUUUCGGUUACGAAAAUCAGAAUGGCGUCUCCUACGAAUUGAGAAGUUUCACUUACGCCCCAGAGAACCCUAAAUAUUCGCCUCGAUAAUAUUGGGCUAGUUUGAUGGACACGGUGUAUUUGUUUUUUAGUGCCUGUCGAUGUAUGUAUUAAUUUUUGUGUUAAAAUAUGUAUGUACUAAUGAGAAGAAUA